AUGGCCUCGGUAGAAUCGGAAAUACGUGAAGAAAUCGAUGAAAACUUUCUCGUCUGUACGGUGUGUUCUGAGAGGUACCGUAAUGCUAAGAUUCUACCGUGUUUGCACAGCUUCUGUGAGCAGUGUAUCGACAAACUUUUAGAGAAAUCGGGAGGUAAGGGUAUACCUUGUCCAGUGUGUAGACGAGUUCAUGACCUUCCAGAAGGAGCCAGCAGUGUGCAGCCGAACAUUUUUGUAAACGAGUUGGUCGUAUUACUUGAAAAACGAGACAAAGAGACAAACUACGUUCAGAAAUGCGGAGGGUGUCAGCAAGGGUCGGUAACCACAUAUUGUAUUGAUUGUGCUGUAGGGCUGUGUGACAAUUGUACUUUGCCACAUAAACAACUUCCGUUUACUAAAUCCCAUGAUGUGAUGCCACUCCAAGCGUACGAAGCUACAAAGUCCACUGAUAUUGUUAGCAUAAAAGAUGAGCCGCCUGUCAUCUGCAGCAAUCACCAUGGCAACCAGCUUAAAUUCUAUUGUGAUACCUGUAAUAUUAAAGUUUGCGCAGAAUGUGCAGCGUUAAAUCACCGACUACCCGAACACAAUUACCGAUAUCUUAAGGACGCCACCAAGCAAUACACCAUUUAUCUAACCAAGAUGGCAGACAUACUAGCAGAGAAAGAAAAAGAUGCAAAAGAGAGCAAAAAGAAAGUACAGCAUGUGACGGAAUUGCUAGAAAAUCGUUUUAGCGAGGAAGAACAUAAACUAAAUACUCGUAUUGAGAGAGUGGUGGCGGAAAUCACUGCUAAAAUUCGUGAAAACGAGGCAGAGUUACUGCAAGAAAUGAACAAGGUAUUCAGUGAGAGAAAACAGAAUUUGCAUGCGCAAAUGAAAGAACUGGAAAUUGCAGAAAAUGAUGUGAAACAUGCACGUGACUUUGCCACUAACCUGAUGAAUUAUGGGAAUGCUACACAACUGAUGUUUACAAAGAAGGGGAUGACGUCACAGAUUAAGAAAUUGAUAAAACUAGAAACCAAACAAGAUCCAACUGAACAUGACUACAUAGAGUUUCAAAGCUCUGAUGACUUUUGUAAGACCAAAACCCUAGGAGUGAUACUUCACAAUAAAUAUAAUUUCGAGAUAAAAGAUGUUCCAAAGUAUGGUAGAAUUUGA